UUCUGCGGUAAAGAUGGCGGCGUCAGAGGGGGCGCGCGGCGACCGGACAUCGGCGAAAUGAUUCUGAAAAGCGUCCAAAACUACCCGCUCUGAAUUACCGGGCGGUGGUUGUGACUGCAUCUGUGCUUUUUGGAUCACCCGGUGCGAGGAUAUCGCUGUCAGACGCCAGGGCUGCCCUUUUAUUGUUGAAGGAAGGGUGGGUGGGUUUCACGGCUAGUUGGUUAGCCACGCGAGCUAAAGCUGGCUGGCUCCUGCCGAGGAAGAGCGGAGCGAGUCGGGAACGCUAUUCGGCCCACGCUGCUGGAAUCUGGGGGAAUGUGAGGCGGUGGUGCGCGGAGGGGUUGGCUCGCUUCGUCCCUAACGUCCUGACACCAAACCACGGGGAUGGGACAGCAAGUAGGCCGCGUUGGUGAAGGAACAUCAGCCGGACUGCAGCCGCAGCAGCCCCACGCGUCUCAGGCGCACCAAGGGAAGGGGAACCGGGGGAGCGGCGCCGGGAGAAGACCCCGGGAACCCGGCAGCAGCACCGGGAACUCACCGGCCAGAGCGCCCGCCAUCAACAUACCGGACCCGACGAUAAAUAUAUUCACGCAACACUCAGAAGCUCUCCACAGGCCAUUCGGUUUGGACUCUGCUGCACUGACUGAGGCGGUACGUUGGAGCUCCAAGGAGAACCUGCUUGGAGCGGCGGAGAGUGACCCCAACCUUUUUGUUGCACUUUAUGACUUUGUCGCCAGUGGGGACAACACACUCAGCAUCACCAAAGGUGAAAAGCUGCGUGUGUUGGGCUACAAUCAGAAUGGGGAUUGGAGUGAAGUUCGCUCUAAGAACGGCCAAGGUUGGGUGCCUUCUAACUACAUCACACCAGUCAACAGUCUGGAGAAGCACAGCUGGUAUCAUGGACCGGUGUCCCGCAGUGCUGCUGAGUAUCUGCUCUCAUCCCUCAUUAACGGAAGUUUCCUUGUUCGGGAAAGCGAAAGCAGUCCAGGGCAGCUUUCCAUCUCCCUCCGCUACGAAGGGAGAGUCUACCACUACAGAAUCAACACAGGCUCUGAUGGAAAGGUGUAUGUGACAUCAGAGAGCCGCUUUGCCACUCUUGCCGAAUUGGUACACCAUCAUUCCACCGUGGCUGACGGCCUGGUUACGACGCUACACUACCCAGCACCCAAAUGCAAUAAGCCCACUGUGUAUGGUGUCUCACCCAUCCAUGACAAGUGGGAGAUGGAGCGCACAGACAUCACCAUGAAGCACAAACUCGGGGGCGGCCAGUACGGAGAGGUUUAUGUUGGCGUGUGGAAGAAGUACAACCUCACUGUGGCAGUCAAGACACUAAAGGAGGACACUAUGGAGGUGGAAGAGUUUUUAAAAGAAGCAGCAGUGAUGAAAGAGGUUAAACAUCCGAACCUCGUCCAGCUCCUCGGUGUUUGCACAUUGGAGCCCCCAUUUUACAUUGUAACGGAGUAUAUGCCACAUGGCAAUUUACUGGAUUAUUUAAGAGACUGUGAUCAGGAGGAGGUGAAUGCAGUGGUUCUGCUCUACAUGGCCACUCAGAUCUCCUCCGCCAUGGAAUAUUUGGAGAAGAAGAACUUCAUUCACAGGGAUCUGGCAGCAAGAAACUGUCUGGUCGGAGAAAACCAUGUGGUGAAAGUUGCUGACUUUGGUCUGAGCAGGUUGAUGACUGGUGACACGUACACUGCCCACGCUGGUGCCAAGUUCCCCAUCAAAUGGACGGCUCCAGAGAGCCUUGCUUACAACACCUUCUCCAUCAAGUCUGAUGUCUGGGCCUUUGGCGUGCUUCUGUGGGAAAUUGCCACAUAUGGCAUGUCACCCUACCCUGGCAUUGAUCUGUCACAGGUCUACGAUCUUCUGGAAAAAGGAUACCGCAUGGAGCAGCCCGAAGGAUGCCCGCCUAAAGUCUAUGAACUCAUGAGAGCAUGCUGGCAGUGGAGUCCACUGGACCGUCCCUCAUUUGCAGAGAUUCAUCAGGCCUUUGAAACCAUGUUCCAUGAUUCCAGUAUUUCUGAAGAGGUCGCAGAGGAGCUCUGUAAAACGGCCUCCUCGGCUCACUGUGGAGGGCCAUUGCACUCUUUCAGUUCCGACAUGCCCCUGCUGCCUUCCAAGUCCCGCACACUUCAGAAGCACACUGAAAACAAGGAAAACAUUGAGGGUGGACUCGACAGGCGGCCAGACCAAGGCCCUCACUCAGGUUGGGCGUCGGCACUGAUGGGUGACGUCAGAUCAGGCACCUCCCCGGCGCUACCGAGAAAGCAACAACCACGUGACAAAUCUCCCAGCAGCCUCUUGGAUGACGUACAGGACCUGGGCACCUUUACCCGAGACCGCAAAACUGGCUUCUUCAGCUCCUUCAUCAAGAAAAAAUCUUCCUCAUCUUCCUCUUCCUCCUCACAGCAACAGAAUCUCCCAACACCACCCAAAAGAAGCAGUUCUUUUCGAGAGAUGGAAACACAACCUCACAAGAAAUAUGAGCCCACUGCGGAUUUCAGUGCUCCCCCUGGACUUUCCCAGUCAGACAGCCUUGGGGGAUUUUCAGCCUCGCCCUCCCAUUCUCACGGAGAAGCCGCCCAGGCUCAGUCGCGUUGCUGCGGUGCCGCUUUUGGACAGAAACCCUCUGGUGGAAGCUUUGCAUCACAAGUAACUAGCAGUAGUUGGGGUGGCCUUGCUGGCUUUUUCACCCCAAGGCUUAUCAAAAAGACCCUGGGAUUACGGACAGGCAAGACCGUCUGUUCAGAGGAGAGUGGAAGUGUUAUUGGGGGGCCAAAGCCCUUUCCCAGGUCCAAUUCUACCUCCUCAAUGUCAUCUGGAUUGCUUGACCUUGAGCGUAUGGCACUGACCUUACCCAGAAACCGCAGUGCAAAAGCCCCUUUGGAGAGAACAGCCUCAACCACCUCCCAACCGGAGAACGGGUCCAUGCGGCCCUCUGAAACUCUGCUACGCAGGAUGGACGAGGGAACGGCACAAAUCAGGGAAAGACCCAAAGCCAAGCUAUUGCCACGGGGGACUGCUGUAGGGGUUAGGGCGCCAGGGGUCGGAGGGGAAGGUGGGGAAUCAGACACUCUCUCCCGGGUUUCAGAGGGGAAAGAGGAAGGCGGGGUCGUCUUGGACAGACAGCAAAGUUGGCCGUCUCCCUCGAAGGCUCCAACUUCAAAUUCUUCAGGUUCACAAACUCACAACCACAAAGUUCCGGUCCUGAUCUCUCCAACUCUCAAGCACAGCCCGGCUGAUGUGCACUUAGUUGGGCUGGACUCUCAGGGGAACCGCUUUAAACUGCUGUCGGAACAUCAAGCAGAGCGAGACCGGCCUAGGCUGGUCAAGCCCAAGUGUGCUCCUCCCCCGCCUCCUACGCUACGUAGUCUGCAACACUCUUACAGUGCUGACGGAGAGGAGCAAGCGCCGUCCAUGCCAGCGGAAGUCAAUGGAGAGGCGAUAAAGGGACACAGGUCGGGCCGGUUGUCAGGAGGAGGUACGACAGGCAGACCUUCAGUGCCGCCGCCACAAGUGCCUCCGGUGUCAUCAUCCUUUUCCCCAUCCUCAUCCCCAGUCACCAUGACAACCAACACAACGCCCACCAAAAUGGCCAACGGUGCCACCACCACUGCCUCUUCACACAAAGCUGGUUCUAAAGUGCCACUGAGACGGACCCGGCAACAGUCAGAAAGGGUACCCCUGGAUCGGGUUAGUCGUGAGGCGCUGCUCGAAUGUGCCAAGUCUCUAAGCAGCGCCCUACACCCCAGCUCUGAAAGCCCCUCCAGCAGCCAGGUGCUGGAUGCGGGUCACCAGCUGCUCGACUACUGCUCAGGUUAUGUGGACUGCAUUCCUCAGACGAGGAACAAAUUUGCCUUCCGAGAGGCAGUGGGAAAGCUGGAGCUCAGCCUACAGGAACUCAGAGCCUCGGGAGGCAGCGGGCUGAGCUGUGUGGGGUCCAACACGGUCCUAGACAACUUACAGAGCUCUAUUAAAGAGAUUAGUGAUGUGGUACAGAGGUAGCCACGGUGACCUCAUCAGCGUCCUUCCUGUAACUACCCACCAAACAUAGCUUUUUAUCUCAUUUUAAUCGGUUCCAGCUUUCGCUGACCGUGUUUUGAGGGACAUAGUUUCAGUACCGUGGAGGAAUCACUACAAAAUACAGUCCAUUAAAUUGUUUACAAUACAUUUCAUGAACAAGUGGUUUUGCUCUGAUGUGUACAUAAUGAAAAAAUCAAUUAUAUCAAACUGGUAUUCUCACCUUCAUUUCCAUUUCAUGAAUGUUGAGAAUCAAUUGUGUCCACAGAAACAGGAAGACUGUAGCUGUCACUGACUCAUCAGUGCAGCACCAGCGAUCGUGAUCAAGGUUACAGGGUCUCACUUUUGUUGUCUCAAGUUUUGGCUAAAUUUACGGUUAUGUCUUUAUCGGGCUUCAAAGUGUUGAUAAACCAUUUUGAAUGUGGAAAUACUGAACUGUUUCCCUAUAUUAUCCACGACCAAACUUUUUUUUUUUACUUCUUGAGCUCAUUGUCUUUUAAUUCAUCCUAACUUGGUCUUUUCCAUUGAAAGAAAGUCCCUUGACCUUUAACAUGUUUGUACCUUCGAGCUUUUCAUUGGCGGUUCAGUUCCAAUUGACUGGAGUAAAGGUCAUAUUUGGAAGACUACCAUUUUAACAACUGAUGUGAUGGCAAGAAUUUAAGGUCAUACAUAUGCAGAACUCCUGUUUCUAAAGGUGGGGAGGGUUGCCACAAGAAGCUCCUGUGCUAAAGUUCACACUGCACAAUAGACACAUUCAGUUGCACAUUUGCCUGGGCUCAGUGUUCACCAUGAUAAUGCAUCAGAAUGUAACAGAAUUGUGAAGUAAGCACAUUAUAUUGUGUGUGUUUAUCUCAUUCAGAUACCAACCAAGGUUUCCAUCAAUUUACUUAAACAUACAAGUUCUUUUUCACAUAAGUAGAUGCUGUAGUAAAUGCAGUAGCUAAUGCUCUGAUCUCCAAAUGUUUUUACGGUAAGACUUAGACUUUGGACAUCAGUCACCUUGCACAGAUUCAAGCUUUAGAGGGGCACUAAGGAAACCUCAGGCUUAGGGUGAGAUCUCUGUCAGACCUGGCCUGAGGGGAUAGAAGACAUUAUCAUGGAGGAGGACUUCAUAAGCACAACUACAACUGGCCCUACAUAUGUAUGAUCUCAAUUUCCUGUUUUCAUUGUGGCUUGCAUGGCUGACAUUUGCAUUUGGUACACAACCUAAAUGGCCUUCUACAUUCAUCUGCUUUGAUGACCUGCAAAAACAUUUAGUACAGUGAGUUCCAGCGACUAGUAAGUUAAUUGAUUUAAUGAUGAAAUGAUAAAUAUAUAAACACUGAUAUUUCCACUUUAUUUCUCGGGAGCAUUUAAGUCUUUCAAACUACAUUUCUAUAUAUGUACAACGGCAAAGUAGACACAAGCAUGUGAAUGAAGAUUUGUUUAAGUGUCCUUCUGUGUAUGAACAGUGUUGGAUUUCCUGCAGCCUUGUCUUUGGCUUCAGUGCCUCAAAACAUUCAAUGUAUGAACCACAGAGACCUUCUCGCACUACUCUCACACACAACAGUUCUCUCUCAAACUGCAGUAUGUCGUCAGCACAUGAGCAAUUUGUACAUUAUUUGACUUUCUAAAACAUGCUUUCUAGAAUGUCCAUAUAUGAACUUGAAUUUUAAAUUAUUCUUGUUUUGUUAAGUAAAAAGCACAGACCUAUUUUCAGAGAAAAGAUAUGUAAAUAUUUUUUUUUUAUUUCAUAGCAAGAAAACAAAGGACUUAUGUGUUGUCGCUUCAUCUUUUUUUCUGACUGAGACCCAUCAACCCAGAUUUGAGUAUUUGCUGUAUGAAUGUAUUAUUUUUCAGUUCUGGUCGAAUGUUAGCAAAAAUGUUUCAUCUCUUCAAAGGUGCCAAUCUUUUUUAUUUUUAUUUAUUAUUACAUUUCAUUAGCCCCAUUUUAGUAUGGUCAUUGCUUGGACAUGUUUUUUUAUAUAUACACCCAGAAAUGAAAGUAUGCAAUAAGUGUACUUUGGCUGGUAAAUAUGUGCAACAUUUUCUGCUCACGUCGUAAUGUACACUGGAAAAUGACAUUGGUUUGUUGCAUCUUAAUGCCAGACACUUCUGUAAUAGUUGCAGAGACAUGAUGCUUUCAAGUUCUUUUUAAAAAAAGGAUGUCUUCUGUCACGUUUUGUGGUGCAUUUCAUGUGUCUGAGUAAUUGUCUUCUCCUUUGCCAAAUGGGUUGUAAUGAAACUAAGGUGAUUGUAUUUGGGAAAAUAAUUGUCUUUAUUGAAUGGUCACAUCCCAUCAAGAGAAUAAUCACUGGCUUUCAUAUCUUUGCGUAUAUUUAUUCAUUCAUUGUUUCACAUCACUGCAUUGUCUGCGUUAGUUGAGAGAUCGUCACUACAAAACAUUACAUCAAAAAAUGUAACCGUGAAUAUGACUUUUCAAGGGUUGCACACAUCCAAAGUGUUAUAGUUUUUUGGGAUUCUAAAUAGAAAUCUAAAAUUUGUUGGAUGCCAAUGGCCAAAAUAAUCUCCCGAAUGAUUGGCACGAGCAAAAAUGACAUGUAAGACUUGGAAUGUGAAUGGUGCCGGCAGUUCCUGUUUUGGAGCAUUCAUGAAUUCAGCCACAUAAUAGGCGAACGCUAAAGUAAUGUUUCGACUGCAAUUUUGGCCUCCAUGUUGGAUUUCCUGCUCAAACAGGCGUAUUAGAAAGCUGUUUAACUUUCAGCCUUAUUUCAUCAACCGAUUGCCUUUCAGUUGAAAACACAAAUUUCAGCAGUCUUGCCACUUUUUCUGCAUCUUGUCUAUUUGUUUUGUGUGUGUGUCAUCAUGAUACCAAAGGCCACUGCAGUUGUACAAGUGCAAUGUAAACAUUCUCGCAGACACCAUGAAAAGAAUAUGUGAAAAUCCAAACAGGGAUGAAACGUGGUGAGGAAAUACAAUUGUGCUUCUUUUAUUUAAAAGUUCACAUCAUAUAUAUUACUGUGAAGUUCUGCUUAUCAGUGUUAAGCCUAUUGUAAAUAAUAAAGAUGUUGA